UUUAGUUUCUGUUGCCAGAUGUGAAAGCAUCGUUUUGUUUUUAAUGCCAAAUCCGCUAUAGUGUAUCUUUUAUCAAAUAGCUGUUAUAAAUUCGAUUUUCAGAUUUGGCAGAAUAGUAGUAUUUAUGAAAUGAAAACUUAUGACUGAAAAUCGUUGUGAAAUUGAUUUAAAUAGCUAUCAAAGAAAAGAAAUGGCUUUCUUAUCAUGCCUUGCACCAUAUAUCCGGAACCAUGUUGAAGUGGUUAUGAGACAUCCUAAUUUUGGCCUUUCUCAGAAAAGUAUUACAUUUAUGAACCCAAAGCCAUCUUGUUCUACUGAUCAUGAAAAUUCCCAGUGUGACAGAUUUAAAAUUUCCAUCCCAUAUGCUGGCGUGUCAGUUGAGUGCCUUGUAAUAUUCCAGUCAUCUGCACCACACUGCCCACCUGACUUUCUUUUCUCUGACUGCAGUUUUAUAAUCCCUCUGGAAAAUAUAAAAUCAUUAUGUGAUUGGAAUUAUGAAAAUCCAGAUGGUUUAUUGCUUGUUGUUAAAGAGCUUAUGUACUUUUACAAAGAGAUACAAAUAGCUCAGUUAGAAAACUAUGCUGACUUAUAUAUUGAAUAUUUAAAUUUGAUACAACUACCAAAUAUGAGUGAAGAUGAUAUUGAAGUAUUUGUGUCUUAUAAUAAGAAUAACCCCAUUACUUUUUUAAUAAAGUUACAUGUUGAGCUUGCAAAUAUUCUUCCUAAUGUAUUUUUAGGAAACGUUGAAGAAGAGACAAUACUUUUGUUAGUUACUUUUCCUUUGCGAAAUAUCAGCAGAAGCACCCAAAGAUUAUAUUUUUCAGCCAAUAUUUCAAAUGCCUUUGAAUUAUCUCCAGAAUUUCAUUUACCACCAUUGUUGAGUACUUUUUCAUUUAAAGAAUACAUACCUGCUCUUGAAGAUGCAUUGAAGAAGAAUGCAGAACUUGUUGCCUCUGCGUAUGAGAAAAGGAAGGAAUGUGUUUCUGUUCUUCUAAGUCACUUUGAGAACUGUCUAAUUGAAUAUGAUGUCUUGUUGUAUAUGAAAUUAACACUUUUACUGGAACUCAAAGGUUUCCAUUUUCUGCUCGAAAUUGACUUUCCUAGAAAUUUCCCGAUUGGUGUCCCUGAACUUAUAUUCCGAUCAGUGUAUCAUACUUAUUCAGGAGCACCUACUUCUGUUAGCAUUGAUUCUUGCUCAUAUUCACCAAACUGGUCUUCUCAUGAGUUACUUGAAGAAAUAGUGAAAUUUAUUCAUAAAUAUGCCUUGUUGUUUCAACAGGAUAGUGCACCUUUUGCAUGCAAAGAUCCAAAAGGUUAAACUGUUUCAAUUCAUAAAAUUACCAUAAUGUUUAUAAGCUUAAUCAUUCACUUACUUAUUAUGAGAUAUUUUUUCUUACUUAGUAUUAUUGGCAUUGGAAAGUUUUAUUCUUUUAUAAUAUUUACAUAUACUGCAUUUUUUAUAAAUAAAAUUUUUACCCUUUACUAGGGUAGGAA